AUGGGCGUGGAGGUGGGCAAGGACGACGCGUGGGAGGUUUGCGAGGCGCCCGAGGAGGAGGACCAGCCGCGGCCUCGGGCCGCGCCGGCGCCGCCUAGCAAUCGUAGCCUCGGUCAGACGGGCACCGCGCUGGCGCAGGCGCAGCAGCCCGCGCCGCUCUUCCCGUUCGCGCUCGACGUGGGCGACGGGCGGCUGCUCGGUCUGCUGUGCGACGCCGGCUCGCAGCGCUGCCAGCCCGCCUCGGCGCUCGUGCUCGCUGCGUGGGCGGAGAGGGCGGUCGCGGAGCUGCCGCUCGUGCUCUCUCCCGACACGCACGCGCGGGCGGCGUCGUACAUCUACAACCGGUCGCUGCACAACGAGACGCUCGCGCCGGCGCAGCUCCCGCGCGGCUGGCGAAAGCUCCUCCGCCUCCGCAGCGGCUCGACCGUCGUCCUCUCGGCGAGACUCGGCCGCAGGCGAGAGGCCGCCAAGAAGCUGCUGACGUCGCGGUGGCGAGUGGCCGCCAAGAGGCUGCUGACGUCGCACGCGGCGCUCGCGCGCAGAGAGGUCCGCACCUUGAUCGAGUGCGACUCUCACCCGAACGUGCUCCGCCUCUUCCUCCACGAGACGCACGGCGACGUCAAGCCGUCCAACGUCCUCCUCUCCGCCGCCGGCGUCGCCAAGCUCUCGGACUUUGGGUUCGCUGCGUCGGUGCACGCCGGCCUCUCGAGCCCGCUCUCGCACGCCUCCUCCACCGCCUCGCUCGGGUUCGGCUCGCGCGGCUGGUCGGCGCCCGAGCUGCUGCGCCCUCUCCUCGCCGCCGACCGGAGCCAGCUGGGCCGCCGCAGCGCCGCUGGCGGCGAGCGUGGCGGCGGCGAGGGAGGCGGCGGCGAGGGAGAGGGGCGGGCCGAUCGAGAUCGAGCUCAAUAUCGCGCGCGGCUGCCGCCCUCCCCUCUGCCUGCCGCGCGAGCGCGCGGCCGCGUCGGCGAGUUCCACGCGCUGCUCCAGUCGGCGCACCCGAGCCGGAGGCGUUCGGGCGAGCCUCCUCACCCGCUCCUCGCCAUCCUUGAUUGGCUCCUCCAGGUGCUCGAGCCGCUGCCCGCGAGCCGGUGCGCCGCGGCGGACGUGCUGCGCCACCCCUUCUUCUGGUCCGGCUCCAGCAGGCUGCGGCUGCUGCUCGAGGUGUCUGACGCGGUGGAGGUGCUGGCGAGCGCGCAGCCAGAGGCGCCCGCCGUGCCCGCCGCCGUGUCGGCCGCGUUGCGCCUCUUCGAGGCGGAGGCGGCGCGGUUGGGCUGGCAGCCGUGGGGCGAGCGCGUCCCCGCGUCGCUGCUGGCGGAGGGGCGGGGCUAUGCGCCCGACUCGGCGCGCGCGCUCCUCCGUUUCGUGCGCAAUUCGUGGCACCAUCGCGCCGACUUGCCGCCGAGGCUGCGCCAGCUGCUGCCCGGCGUGCCGGGGCUAUACGUCGAGGUCUGGUCGAGUCGCUUCCCGGAGCUGCUGACGCUGGCGUGCCGCCUCGAUCGCGAGGGGCGGGGCGAGGCGGGCGGCGAGUCGUCAGCUGGUGCGUGGGUGGGGGUGGCGGGCGAGGGCGAGCUGCCCGCCGAGUGCGACUACGAGCGGGAGGCGGAGCAGUGCGAGGCGAGGGCGGAGGAGGGGGGAGGGGGGGCGGAGGCGGGGCGGGAGGAGGGCGGGGCGGACGUGGCGGAGGGGGAGGAGGAGGAGGCGGCGGAGGGGUCGGCGCUGCCGGAGCGAGGCAGAGGUGGCGGCGGUGUGAGCGAGGGCGCCUCCGUCCUGUGCGAGGGCGGGGCGGGCGAGGAGGAGGAGGGGAUGGUGCGUGGCGGAGGGGCGGGCGAGGCUGGCGCGGCUGGCGAGGCUGGCGCGGCUGGCGCGGCUGGCGAGGCUGGCGAGGCUGGCGCGGCUGGCGCGGCUGGCGAGGCUGGCGCGGCUGGCGAGGCUGGCGAGGCGGAGGCAGUGGAAGAGGCGGGGGAGGAGGCGGGGGCGGCAGAGGCGACAGAGGCCGCUUUGGAGGCAGGGGCGCGGCUCGAGGAUAGUUCGGCAGUGAGGGGCGGCGGCGGCGGGGCGUGCGGCGGCGGCGGCGGCGGCGGUUCGGUGCGUUGCGAGCUGUGCCGUUCGCUCUUUUUCGAGGCGGACGAGGCGGAGGAGGGGGGCGAGGGGACGGGGCCGACGGAGGGCGGCGGCGGCGUGGCGCCCGGCUGCCACGGCUCGCGCUGCAACUUUGCGCACUCGCUCGAGGAGCUGGUCGCGUCGCGGGGGCGGAGGCACCCGACGGCGGCACACGUGGCGGACCAGUUUGCGCUCUGGCUGGUGGAGAGCCACCGCGAGGGAGGCGACGAGACUAGCCGAGAUCACCCCGAGAACGGCCUGAGAGGUGGAAGUUCUUCGGAGCCUUCUCGGCCCGUUUCCGUAGGUGCCGCCGCCGAGCGGGUGAGGCUGGUGCCGCGGACGGCGGAGGGCUUUAAGCAGCUGUACAAGGCCUUUUGCCAGGCGCGGGGGCACGUGGCGCCCCCGAUGUGGCGGCCGGUGAUGGUGAUGAUGCUUCGACACCGUCUGCUCGCCGGUUUCAAGCCGAAGGCAAAGUCGCAGGAGGGGUGGCGGUGGGGGGCGCUGCUGGUCGCGGCUCGGAAGGACUGGCAUAAGUACUAUAUUGACACGGGCGACUUCAAGAAGGCAGCCGGCCUCGCCGUGACGGACGAGGAGGUGCAAGCGGUCGCGGAUGCCGCCGCCGCCACCAAGAAGGCCAAGAUCGAGGAGCUCAAGGCUAAGGGCGACUACAAGGGUGCCAAGAAGAUAGCGGACGAGGUCGAGAGGGAGGGGAUCCAGCUCGCCGAAGAGAUGGCGAUGGAGAAGAAGCGCAAGGAGUGGAUGAGCUACUACACGAGUAUCGCCGACUACCCCAACGCCAUCAAGAUGGCCGUCACACCCGCUGAGGUUGCCGAGGUCGACGCGGCCUUUGAAACGAAGCGGAGCGAACACAUGAAGUCGCUCCUCGCCAAGCAGGAUUACGCGGCGGCGAAGAAGUUUGCGACCACGCCCGAAGAGAUUUUAGAGUGCGACGAGUACGAGGAGUUGGACCAGGAGCUCGCACGAAAGGAGUGGCAGAGAUUUUACAUCGAGGAGGGCAACUUCAAGGAGGCGUUUGCGCUGUGCGUCGACGACAGCGAAGAGCUGAUGGUCGAGUCCGCAAAGACCGCCUUUUACUCCAAGUGCCGCGAGGAGUGGCUCAAGCACUACACGCUCAAGGGCGACUACAACAAGGCGCUGGAGCUAGUUGUGUCACUCGAGGAGCAGACGGCGCUCGAGGCGGCGAUGGAGAAGCGCCGGGUGGAGCACUUUGAGUACUAUCUUAAGAAGGGCAAGAAGAAGGAGGCCAAGAAGCUUGCCGUCACCGACGCAGAGGUGGCCAAAUGCGCGUGA